AUGUCACAAUCCGGUCAAGAUGGCCAAAGGCCCUCUACGUCGCACGCAUCUUCUGAAACCACGUCCCAAAGCGAGGCAUCGAAACCGCCGCCUAUCUCAAUAGCACGAUUCUGGUUGCUAUGUGUCGGAGUAUGUUUGGGCCUCUUCCUUGGCAUGGUGGACACAUCCAUCGUUGCCACGUCUUUGUAUGCCAUUAGCACCGAGUUCGAUAACCUCAACGACGCCAACUGGGUGGCUCUCUCCUAUACACUCGCCUAUAUGGGUUGUGCUGUUGUAUUCUCUCGUAUUUCAGACAUAACCGGUCGUCGAGAUGCUUUUGUUGCUGCUUAUAUUAUCUUUGUCUCGUUUUCGCUGGCGUGUGGAUUUGCACAGAACAUGCAUCAGCUCAUCGCCUUUCGGGCGUUGCAAGGCAUCGGUGGCUCGGGACUGUAUACCUUGGCCCUCAUCAUACUGCCAGAACUGAGCCCGAUUCACCUGCGAGAACUAAUUUCAGCAGUGAUAGGGCUGGUCGUUGCUCUGUCCGGUGUACUGGGACCGGUUUUGGGCGGGCUGUUGACGGAUUACACGACCUGGAGAUGGGUAUUUUGGAUCAAUGGUCUUUUAGGCGCUGUAUCGUUGGCGAUUUUCCUCCUAUCUUGGCCGAAGGCGAAAUAUUCCACAACUCCCGAACGACAGACAUGGAAACAGCUCGACUAUCCAGGGUCAUUCCUCACAAUCGCCGCCGCCGUUCUCGUCGCCUUUGCUUUCCAGAAUGCCGGCCAAACACCAGGAAGUGGUUCUCUAAGCAAUGACUGGAGGUCGGCCCUCUUCAUCGCCCCUGUUGUGCUUGGUCUUGUUUGCUGGGCAGGCCUCCUGGUCUGGGAAUACGCGGUGCAAAAUCACCUGUCAGAGUACUUUGUUCCAGUCUUUCCACUUCGAAUCUUUCGCAGCGGCCUUUAUACAUGUGGUGUGAUCAACACACUUCUCCUCGGAUUCCCGUAUCUGAUGCUCGUCUAUGUUGUUCCACUGAGGAUCCAGGUCGUCGGCGGGAAGUCUGCUCUGCUCGGUGGCGUAAUGUUGCUGCCCAUGCUUGGUACCGUUGCCAUUGGCACAAUUCUCGGUGGUGCGGUCAACGCAAAGAAAUCGGUCAUCGUUGAAACCAUGUUUGUCGGCUCGUGCCUCAUGCUCCUGGGCUGUGGACUAUUGACAACCUUGUCAACGUCGACGCUUGAUUCUGCCAAGUUGCUUGGAUUUAUCACCUUUUGCGGGCUGGGCUUUGGACUUGCAGUGACGUCCAGCACGAUAAUUCCCGCUAUAAAAAUAGCACCAAAAGACUAUGCUCCUGCCCAAGGAAUUCUUGCACAGUUGCGCGUAUUUGGCGGCAGUCUCGGCAUUGCGGCGUCUACUGCCAUCGUACGUGCAAAGGCAAGCGGCAUCCCAGCCAAAUUUGCGAAACGAGGUGUACAAGCGCCAGACUUGCAUGGCCCAGUGGCCAAGAAAAUAUAUGCCGAGUCGUUUAGGAAUGAUAUGAUUGCUAGCACGGCAGUAUCAGGGCUUGCGGUCCUAUUAGUCAUGAUCACUUUGUGGCAGCGACGUAAUAAGCCUCGAAAAAUUGCCUCGUGA